AAUCGCAGUGCAAAGCGGAAGUAGUUCCUGGUGUGUUUAUAGAAACGAAUCUGUUAGUAUUUUGAGCUGGUAGAUGAUUUGUUGAAUUGAAUUGAAUUGAAAUGAAAUGUAUUCACACAUGAAAACUAAAAUCUAUGAGUCGCUACUGUAGUAGUUAUGUAGCGUGUAAAUUUUUGAUUUUGUUUCGUUAUUUAGCUAACUUUUUAGAAAACCGGAAAUAGUUCCGUCCUAUCAAUUGACUAAAACAUGUCCCAGAUUCAGUAGGUCCCAAAUCAUAAAUAGUACAUGUUCGUUAUUUUUCCCUCUCUCCAUUAUAUAAACAAUAAUUUGUUAUGAUUACAUUUCCUCUGCAUUUUGCUCAGAUAAAUUAAUUAGGGUUUUGGAUAUUCAGUGUCUAAAAUGAGCAGUGAAAUAAAGGCAGAGGAGAUACAAACUAAUGAGAGUGAAAUGGAAAUCAAACAGCUGGAGGAGGAAACUGUAAAGCAGGAAGAACAAGAAGAGGAGGAUGAGGAGGCAUUGCCACAUUCUGAAUUUUUGGAUAUUUUUGAAGAAGGCUUGGCUCUGAUAGUGCAAGAUCCUUUAUUAUGUGAUCUGCCGAUUCAGGUCACAUUGGAGGAGGUGAAUUCUCAGAUAGCUCUGGAGUAUGGCCAGGCUAUGACCGUGCGUGUGUGUAAAGCUGAUGGAGAGGUCAUGCCAAUUGUGGUAGUACAGUCAGCUACUGUGCUGGAUCUAAAGAAGGCCAUUCGACGCUACUUGGAACUGAAGCAGCAGCGUGAGGGUGGCAUCAAACACAUCAGCUGGAGAUACGUGUGGCUAACAUUUCACUUGGUCUUUAACGGGGAAAGGUUAGAGGACGACAAAAAGAAACUGAAAGACUAUGGAAUCAGGAACAGGGAUGAAGUGACUUUCAUGAAGAAACUGAAGAAGAAAUGAACACACUUAUUCUUCUUGAAUCCGCAACACCCGUAGUCCAGAUGAUCCCACCGAUCUAAGAAUAUGCAAAGACAUUUAACCACAUCUUUUAAAUAUUAGGACCUUGUUCCUGGUGAAAUUAGAACCUUGUACCUGACUUGAAAUUUCCUAGUGUAACAUUACCUCAGUAAAGAGAUCUCAUUGUUGUUGUUGCAUUGCUCAGACUACAGCCACCUUCAGGAACAUUAUUAUAUAAGGAAUUACCUGUAUAAUACAUUUUUGUUUUUGUACUGUUGAAUCUGAAUGUUUCCUUGGCUCAUGGACCAAACCUUUUUAAGUCACCUUUGGAGCGUUUGAGGUUGAGUACUCAUUUUUAUUUGUACAUAAGUUUGUUUGUUUUCUGGAAGCAUAUUAAAACCCUACAUUGUCUUGUGUUUACUUUUGUGACUGUUUUUUUCCCCCACUCAUAACUGCUGUUGAGAUGUGAUCGGUUGUGCUCAAAAACAUCUCAAUGAACCAGUUUGACUAUCAUUCGGCUGUCAGGCUUGUCGAUUUGGUUUAAUUUGAAGUGAGUUGAUUAACAUGGCAGCCAGAUUGCAACGCUGCUUAUAAACAGAGUGAGCAUCACGUUUCGGAAGUGUGAAAAAGUGAGACAGAGCUGAGGAUCGAGAAUAGUUGCCUCUCCUUCUUGGCGUACAGCAUGGGUGCAGUGUCGAAACAGCAGGAGCUGCAGAGAAUCUCCUUAGAGCUGCACAAGGUAACACUACAAAUACAGCAGCUCAACAACAGACUUCAUUUACUGGCUCUGAUGAAGGAAGUCCGGGAGAAUGUUGGCUGCCAUAAGGAAGGUUAGGACGUUUGCUUUGCCGAUUGUUGUUGCAGUAGUAGUAAUAAUAAAUAAUGCAUAUUCAGCUGAAAUGCUUGAAGUAAUAUCUGUCUUAUUUGGUUUAAUUGACAGUCUUUCUUGUGUUAAAAUUUAACAGUAAAUGAUCCUACUGAGACAGACGAGUAUGAAAAAAUUGAGGAGGAACUCAAUAAACUUCUAGAAAAGAAAUUAUCACUGCAAGCAUUACAAGAAAAACUGGAAGGAACAUCAGAUGACGCUUGUAGCACAGUGCAAAAACAUGAGCCUUUGAGUACUGAGAUAUUUAUAGUGGAGAAACCGCCGUCCUAUCCAGCCCUGCAAUGACCUGGUGACUUGUCCAGGGUGUACCCCGCCUCUUGCCCAUAGUCAGCUGGGAUAGGCUCCAGCUUGCCCACGACCCUGCACAGGAUAAGCGGCUCCUCAGAUAAUUUUAGAAAUAAACAAAUUAUCACGAUAUCCUUCACAAACACAGUGCCCUUACUGUGAACAGUACAUUACUACAGAGGUCAGCACAGUGAUUGGGAACACCACCUGGCUCAUGUGCCUGGCAUCUGCCUUCAUUGGGUGCAUCGCUGGCUGCUGCCUCAUCCCCUUCUGCAUCAGCGAAUUCAAAGAUGUAGUGCACAAAUGCCCCAAGUGUCGCAGUCACAUACACACGUCUACCAAGAUGUAAGGAAAAGAGAAGGCCUUUUCCAGGAGUCUGAGAGUCUGCUUUCUGACUGGCUGCAUGAAGUGUGCUCCACCGUCCUCCAUGGAAAACACAGAAAAUGUUCUAAUAUCUGACGCUGAAUGAAAACAGUCCAUCCUGAACAUAACGACACAGACAUUUUAAUGACACAGAAGGCUAUAUGUACAAUAAAGGUAUGUACAAUAUUAAAUUAAAGCCUCAUUAGUUACACUGGGACAUAGCAUGGUGUAAAAAAAAAAAAAGAAAUAUUUUCAUGUUUAAAAAUCAAAAGCUACAAAAUGAGACUAAUUGCAAAGCAGAACUAAAACAGAACUCGAGUACCCUAUUUUCCAGUAUAUGCUAGCAUUUGUGCAAUAGUAGUUUUGUUCCAUUAAAACGUGUUUUAUGACUUUUGGUGGUGAUGCUCCAUGCAUAACAUUGCAUUCUAGUAAAGAGAGAAAACUGUCUCAAGUUAAAUCAGUUCCUAAUAUAACCUGCUCAUUAAAGUUCAUAGUAGAGCUUUCUGAACUUUCACUUGAUCCCUAUGUCUUGGCCAGGCCAAUUUUACAAUUAAAAUAAACAAACAAACUUUUUUUUACUCUGGUGUAAGAAGAAUUCAGAGCAUAUUAAUGUUUUUUGAACUGUAUUUUCUUUUGUCUUUUUGCACUUUAAUGCUGCUGUCAUCACUUCCUCUGUCUGCUAAUUGUUUAAAUGUCUUUCCACAUUGUGUUGAAAUUUGAUCUUUGUGAUCAGAUUGACAGUCUGUAACAGUCAAAGCUAAUGUGAGAAUGAGCAAAUGAAUUAAGCAGCAGCUACUACUUUAUACAGUUCUGCUCAUAAGUUUACAUACCCCAUGGCAGAAUGGUAAACAAAUGUUUGAUUUUUUUUUUUUGAUAAAACAGGAGUAAUCAUGCAUCAGAUUUCUUUUACUUAGUAAGUGUCCAGAUGAAGCUCAGAUUUAUCAUCACAGAAAUUUGCAUGUCAUGCAUAUUAUGUUUACAUGUCCUUUGUAUGUUGGGCCUGUUUCUACACAAGUAAAUUCACUGUGAAAGUUAAGAA